GGGGUGCGUGCGGCUCGAGGCAAGAGUAGGUUCGUCACAGCCGCCGCGGAGAGGGAGGGGCGCCGCCCGGAGCCCAGAGUCCCCCCAGGCCUCGCCGGGCGCGGCUGCUACUCCCCUUCCGUCCCCUGAGCUACCGCCGCAGUGGUAGCGCCCGGCUCCAGCUGACCGGCCUGGAAUCCCGGCUCCCAGCCCCGGACCCUCCGCUCCCAGCGACCCCCCGCCCCGGCGACGCGGCCCCGCCGGAGACUCGGCCCUGCCAUGGGAGACGCCGGCAGCGAGCGCAGCAAGGCGCCCAGCCUGCCGCCCCGGUGCCCCUGCGGAUUCUGGGGGUCCAGCAAGACUAUGAAUCUCUGUUCCAAAUGCUUUGCUGAAAAAAGAAAUCCACACAAUGAAAAAGAUUUCCAAAAGAAGCAGCCAGAUGAUGACUCCACUCCCAGCACAAGCAACAGCCAAUCAGAUUUGUUCUCUGGAGAAACAAACAGUGACAACAGCAAUACCUCUCUAACUACGCAGACUGUUAACUCCAACCAGCAACUUUCGACAGAACUGAAUGUAACUUCGCUGAGUAAAGAGGAAUGUGGGCCAUGCACAGGUACACCUCAUGUCUCAUUAACUACACCAACCAAAAGAUCCUGUGACUCUGUCAUAAAAGAUCAAGAUGUUUCUGUCCCAUUUAGAUGUGAGGAUGCUUCUAAACAAGAAAAUUCACAGUCAGAGAGCGAGGCUUCUCCUGUGAAACGGCCACGGCUACUGGAGGACAGUAAUGACAGGCCCGAGGAAACCAGUCGAUCCAAACAGAAGAGCAGACGCAGGUGCUUCCAGUGCCAAACAAAACUGGAGCUAGUACAGCAGGAACUGGGAUCAUGUCGCUGUGGUUAUGUGUUCUGUAUGUUGCAUCGCCUGCCCGAACAACAUGACUGCACAUUUGACCACAUGGGACGUGGGCGUGAGGAAGCCAUUAUGAAAAUGGUGAAACUGGACCGGAAAGUAGGGAGAUCAUGCCAGCGCAUCGGCGAAGGGUGUUCCUGAGUGCGAGACUCUGCAACCAAAUGCUGUUCUUAGUUCACUAAUGUUAGCCUUAUUUAGGACAAAGUCAGCCAGACACCUUGUACUGGGCAAGUUUCAGACUACAGCCAAUCAGUUUCCUUUCUUUAGCCAACCGUCCUGGUACUGUAGUUUAGGGGUUGAUGGUGGUUGAAAUUGAUUUCUGGCUGGUUACAAAGGUGCCUGCUAGCCAAUGUAUAAAAUUAAAACAUGAAAAAAUAUUUUUUGGAGCAUGGCUAGUGGAUUUAAAACACAACAAAACAAAAAAUCCAAAGGCUUCUAUUAUUGCUGGAGUCAAACUCUAAAAGCCUUAUGCUGGAAACCUUCCAGCUGCAGAGUUAAAAUAAACAGCUGAGUAGAAGCUGGUGUAAAAGUUUGCUAUGCACACGGCUUUCAGACAAACUGUGUUUAAUGUGCAGCCUUUCACCUCUUCACUUCUAGUUAAUCCUGAAGAGAUGAAACUCCACUAAGAGCAGCCGUGGUAGCUGCUAAGCCCGGAAGACCUGACUGGUCAUCCGUGCCUUCAUCACGCGUGGCUUUUGAGGUUAGGCAAUGUCACCAGCAUCAGGGAUUCUGUUGGGGAGGGAACAUCUUUCUGGUUCUUCCCAGGAAGCCAAAAAGAGGGGGACAGAGAUUCUUAUGAAAAAAUUUUAUAUCUAACUUGCUGCAGAGAUCCUGUUUUUCUUCAUUUAAAUUAUGGUGAUCUCAUUUUAAAGCUGGUUACAUCCUAGAGCAGUAAACAGUGUGUAUUCUCUACAUGGCAUCCAUAGAAUUUCUAAGCGUUGUCUGACCAGAUUCCACGGUUGUUAUGUAUGCUGACCGGUGCUGCCAUUCCCACCGGCCGAAACCUGAUUGGCUCUUGUUUGCCUUUUGCUAAGUGCAGGUAUCUGAUAAUUGAUCAAAUAAGGCUAAUUCACAGCACAGUAGCCAAGGCUGGAUUCUACAGACUGACUUUCUGUAGCUAGACAUAUAUAUUGGGGGGAAAAAAGGACAUAUUGUAGCAAACAGAAUUCAGUAACAGUAUUGGGGAACAACCAGGAAAGCAUCCCUCAUCAGCUUGAGUUUUUAACAAGAUAAUCAGAUGGGCUAUGUCAGCCUUGUUUCUAUGCAGCUUGAUGCUCUCAUGAAAAUCUCUGCCCGCAAAUAUUGCAAAGCAAGUGAAUGUGAAAUGCAUUACAUGGAAAACUUUGGAUCUGUUGUUUAGACUUAUGCGCUCUUUCACACUGAGCCACAUAGAGCUGAACUGCACAGAUCUUGUUAGUUUGUAGCGGGGAAAAA